AUGGCGCCCCGAAAGCCCUCCACGACGGCGGAAGUCGCUCUCGCGCCUCUGAAGAACUGUCUGGUGAAUCUGCCACCAUCAUUGACCGCACUGCUGGUCAAUGCGAACACCACCGCACAAAAUGUCAUCGUUGAAUUACAAUACAGACCUACGGCUGGAAGGGCCAAUGGCAAUUCCGCGCAACGUUCAUGCUAUCUGGGGUGGACGGGAAUGCCGAGCAAGCGAAAGCUUGCGCCGGUAGUUAGCAGAGAUGGGAUAAGCAGCGGACCUUCUGCCAGAGAGCAAGAUGUCGCUACGGUCGAGUUGGAUACCACAUUCAGCAGAGUUUUGGGCCUUGCAGAGGGGCAGAAGGUCGGGAUUUUCAUCCAUCUGGAUCCUCCAGUGGCUCACACCAUUAACAUUGAACCACUUACUCCGGAGGACUGGGAGAUCAUCGAACUACAUGCAACCUUCUUAGAGCUGAACCUACUGUCGCAAAUCCGCGCUCUACCUAACCCCGCCUUCAAUACCACUCAAGCAGAUCACAUGCACCCCUUGGCGUUACAUCUGUCACCAACAUCGACGGCAAACAUAGUCGUUACCUCGCUCACGCCUGCCCCGCCCACCACCUCUGCUUUUGCGAAAAUCGCCCCGGAUGCCGAGGUAAUCGUUGCUCCGAAGGUGCGCGCCAAGUCAUCGCGAGGAUCACGAGGAGACAGCCGAAGUGUUACUGGCAGCAGCCGGAGAAGUGCCGGGGGGAGAAGUAGUGGAAGCACGGUACGACCAAAGAGUCGUACAGACUCAACUAGCAGAGGUGCUCUCUAUUUCCGAGGCGUCGACCGCCAACUGUCUGGACAAUACUUUGAUGCGGAGUCCGAGGAUGAUAUCAAUGAGGGGUUUCGCGUUUGGGUUGACCCCGACAUGCUUGCCACAAACGAGCUUCGGGGGGCCAGCUGGGGUUGCAUUACAGUUAUUCAACCUGCCGGUCUGAAACCCCCACCGGAUCCCCAGCAGCAAGUGAAUCAAGCGGAGCAAAAGUCAAAUGAUGCUGGCUUGCCCGCCACCAAAAUCGUGGCCAAAUUGGUCCCGUGGGUCGAUGCGCCGGAUACUCAGCAUGUCGCUGUGUCAUCUUUAUUGUGCUCAGCUUUAAAUGCUGAGAACAUGGUAGGUGGUAUUGUUCGUGUUGAGGCAUCACCGCCACCGCUGCAGCGGUCGGCAGUGAAGUCUCUCAAAGUCCACCCCUUCAUCUCCGAUCCUUCCAAGAAGAAAGAUGGCCUCAAGUUUGGUGCAGACACCACGGCCGCAAAGGAUGCCUUGGCCGAGCGCAUCAAGGUGAUUUAUGGUAGCUCUGGGUCCGAUACAGGGUUACUCUCCGGGCCGUUGACGGAUGGAAUGAUCUUGCCAAAAGCGGAUAACGAAACAGUGUCCGCUUUUGAUGGUGCCAUAAUCCGGUUCGAUCCUCCAUUGAAGAGCAACUCUGAAACUUCCAAGCCGCCUCUUGGCUGGCUCUUGGGAUCAGACUCGAAGCUGCCUCUUGAGGUACAAUCCGAGAUACCGAAGCCCGCGGAUCAGGGUUCGUCCGUUUUGCCCACCGAUGACCCCAUACCAUCGACUGUGCCUCAACUGGUUGGGAUUGAUCAGAUCAUAUCACAGUCUCUUGAUAACCUCACCAAGUCAUCUUCUAUCCUAUUGACGGGUGGUUUAGGCUCUGGAAAGACAGCCCUCACCCACCUGUUGGCGCACCGUGUGCGAAACGAGUACCUAUUUAAUGUGAAGUAUUUCUCCUGCCGAAAGCUCGUGACCGAUGAGACCCGCAUAUCCAAUAUCAAGGAAACCCUAAGUCGCCUUUUCAUGUCGGCAUCUUGGUGUGCUCGUCUCGGCGGACAGUCGGUUGUUAUCUUGGAUGACUUGGACAAACUUUGUCCGGCGGAGACCGAGCUGCAGGUAGGGGGUGACAAUGGGCGCAGUCGCCAGAACAGUGAGGUGAUCUGCUCUAUGGUGCGUGAAUACUGCUCCAUGAACUCCCCGGUGGUGCUUUUGGCAACAGCACAGUCAAAGGAGGCCUUGAACAACACCAUCAUCGGAGGCCAUGUCGCUCGCGAGAUCAUCCACUUGAGAGCCCCCGACAAGGAUGGGCGACGAAAGGUGCUCGAACAACUAACGAUCCAAGAUCGAGAGGCGAGCAUCUCGAUGAAUGGUCAUAUGCGAAAUGAGAGUUCAUCCACCCAGGAUUCUUGGCUGGAUCCUUCAAACCCAGGUAGCCGUCCUAGCUCAGCGGGUGCUGAUGGCUUUGUGCUUGGGCGUGAUGUUGAUUUCCUCGAACUGGCCGGUAAAACCGAUGGAUAUAUGCCUGGUGAUUUGGUCCUGUAUGUCUCUCGUGCCCGAAACGAGGCUCUGAUCCGAUCCGUCCAAGACCCCUUGGCGGCGUCGAGAGCAAUCACCCUUGGAUUGGAGGACUUUGAAAACGCCAUCAAGGGCUUUACCCCGGCCUCCCUCCGCAAUGUGACUCUGACCUCAUCUACUAUUACAUUCUCUGGUAUUGGCGGUUUGCACGAGACUCGCAAGACCCUCUUGGAGACAUUGCAAUACCCUACCAAAUAUGCCCCUAUCUUUGCGCAAUGCCCGCUCCGAUUGCGCUCGGGCUUGCUGCUCUACGGUUUCCCCGGGUGCGGUAAGACCAUGCUAGCCAGUGCCGUGGCGGGAGAGUGUGGCCUGAACUUUAUCAGCGUCAAGGGUCCGGAGAUCCUGAACAAAUACAUCGGUGCAAGCGAGAAGAGCGUGCGUGAUCUGUUUGAGAGAGCCCAGGCGGCCCGGCCCUGUGUCCUUUUCUUCGAUGAGUUUGACAGUAUAGCACCCAAGCGAGGUCACGAUUCCACCGGUGUCACGGACCGCGUUGUCAACCAGCUUCUCACGCAAAUGGAUGGUGCCGAAGGCCUUUCGGGCGUGUACGUUCUCGCCGCCACGUCCCGCCCCGAUCUGAUUGACCCUGCGCUGCUGCGUCCGGGACGUUUGGACAAGUCCCUGCUCUGCGACAUGCCCAACCAGUCGGACCGCAUGGAUAUUAUCCAGGCCGUGAGUAAAAAGCUGGCGAUGGACGAGGAGGUGGCCGCUCGAUUGGACGAGGUGGCCGCAAGAACGGAAGGUUUCUCGGGAGCCGACCUCCAGGCAGUCGUGUACAAUGCGCAUCUAGAAGCCGUCCACGACGCUCUCGGAGACCGCACCGGGGACAAACCCGCGACGAAGGGCGGUGGCGCCAAACCGUCAUCGACGGGUACUAGCACCAAAUCCUUCAUUCAGUUCCUGUACUCCAACUCGGAGCAGAACGGAACCGCUUCGAUGCCGUCGCCGGCGGUCGUCGCGUCCAAACUCGACGCCAUUAAGAAUGCACGACGCCGCCAACGCCAGGUGGAGCAAGGCACGGCGAACACCGGGACCCCGGCCACCAACGAGGCCACCCACGAAGAACCGCGGGAAGAGAUCAUCGUCCGCUGGGAGCACAUGGAGCGAUCGCUCAACAGCACUCGCAGCUCGCUGAGCGUGGCCGAACGGAGAAGGCUGCAGGGGAUCUACCGCGAGUUCGUCUUCGGUCGGAAUGGCGAGAUGCCCAACGGCGAGGCGGGCAACGAGAUCGGGGGGCGAACCAGUUUGAUGUAA